AUGGAGUUAUCCUCUGAUUCUGAGAAAGAACUUCUGAUUGAGACUCAACCUCUCGGAUGGACGAGUUCUCUGGAGGACAAAUACUCCGACUCCAGAUCAGAGAUCCUGGCAGACGCCUCUGGUUCGAUCGACCUUUGGCAAACUGAGCAAACCCAUCGGCUCUGCCAGGAUUUGAUGCCGGCAGCUGAAAGUGAUGAAAGACGUGUGGCCAGGAGGAAACUCUUCAUCGCCGGCGCCCUCACCCUCGUGUUCAUGAUCGGGGAAGUGAUCGGUGGAUACGCCGCCCACAGUCUGGCCAUCAUGACGGACGCAGCUCAUCUCCUCACGGACUUCGGGAGCAUCUCCAUCAGCAUCUUCUCUCUGUGGAUCUCGUCCCGACCUCGGACGCAGACCAUGACCUUCGGCUGGCAUCGAGCAGAGAUCUUGGGCAUGUUGUUUUCCAUCGUCUCCAUCUGGGCUGUGACGGCUGCUCUGGUCUUAUCGGCCGCUCAGAGGAUCUCAGACGGGAACUACGACAUCGACAGUCGCAUCAUGUUGAUCACGUCGGGCUGCGCCGUGGGCGCCAACAUCCUGAUGGUGUUGAUCCUCCAUCAGUCCGGCGCCUCCCACGGACACAGCCACGGGGUUUCCACCAGCCGGCCGCAGGGGCACGGGGAGCGUCACAGUCACGGCAACGCCAGCGUGAGGGCGGCCUUCAUCCACGUGCUUGGAGAUCUGCUGCAAAGCGUCGGGGUCCUGCUGGCCGCCACCGUCAUCCACUUCUGGCCUGAAUAUAAAGUAGCAGAUCCAAUAUGCACGUUCUUCUUCUCCGUGCUCGUUCUCGGGACGACGCUUCCAGUCACUAAGGAAGUCCUCAGGAUAUUGAUGCAGGGAGCUCCUCAGGACACGAGCUUCAGCGCCGUGAGAGAGUCGCUGCUGUCGGUCGGAGGAGUCGUGGACGUGCACAGUUUGCACAUGUGGAGCCUCAACACCAGCAACGCUUUCCUAUCAGUCCACGUGGUCACAGAAAAAGACGCAGAUUCACAGAUCGUCCUCACGAAGGCGACAAAGCUCCUGCGAUCGGAGUUCAGUUUCAACAGCGUCACGAUCCAAGUGGAGAGUUUCAGACCCGAGUCCCGGACGGAUGAAGCAGGAAUCUGAGGAAGAGGCUUCCACAAGCCUCCGACUCACCUGGUAUCUGACCAGCGACAACAGUUUCAGGAGUUUUGACACUGUUGACAUGUAACACACAUGGUUUCCUCACCCUUGUGUUACUUACAUGUAAUUCCUGGACUUUUGUCUGCUGGAGUUUACUUCUCUUGUAUUUAUACAACAUCUUAGAGCUGUGAUCCUUUGAAAUGUGUUUUUCUGUUGUUUUAAUGGUCACGUUUGAACUUUAUUGGUUUCUUAAAUUUGGCUACUUCUCCGUGAAAAACUAACAGGAUUUAGAAACUUUCACGACCUCCUUUUGCACAAAUCUGAAAUGAGAAAUAAAAUAUAUUUGUCCAGUAUUUGA